AUGGUCAGCAGCGAGCAGUUUGCGCGGCUGUGCGCGACGGUGGGGCCGGUGUGCGACCUCUACGAUGGGAUGCACGACUGCCCGGUGGUGGCCAAGCGCCGCAAGUGCCAGCAGAUGGCGGCGCUGAGGGACAGGGUGAUGCAGGACCCGUCGUUCAGACAGGCCCUCCAGCCCGCCGUCCAGCUGCGCGCCCACAUCUACAGCCUCUCCCGCCGCGUGCUGCUCGGCAGCGGCCACUACGACGGCCUCCCCAUUGACCUCUUCCUGGGGGGCCUCUCAUCAGAGCUGGCGGCCCUGCUGAAGGACCCCUCAGCGCCCGGCGCCGGCGCCAGCGGCGCGCCCGACGCCGCGGCCGCGGCCGCGGCCAGCAGCCCGACGGGGGUGCUGGACUUCUUCUCGAUCACCCUGCCGCUGAAGCAGCUGGCCGUGCUCGUGUUUGCAGAGUUUGUGACCGUCGACGCGCAGCCCCCCGCCGCCGCCGCGCCCGCGGGCGCGCCGCCGCAGCAGCAGGGGCGCCAGCGGCCUCCGCAGGCCGGCGAGCCGAUGGGGGUGCGAGGCUCCGGCGGCGGCAGCGGCGGCGGUGGCAGCGGUGGUAGCGCGAGGCACCCCAGCGCCGGCGGUGCCCACGCCGGCCACGAUCACGCCGCGCCGCGCCGCGGGCCGCCGCAGCCGCAGCCGCAGCAGCACCCGCCCGUGUCGCUCGCGCAGGCGGCGGCCGCCGCUGCCGCGGCGGUCAAGGCGGUCGCGUGCGACCUGGCGCGGCCCGAGCGCGGGCGCUUCGGGCGCACGAGCACGUGA